UCCAUCUGUUUGUCUAUGUUUUCAUACUGUCAUUCUUUCAGCUUGGCGUUAGCGGCUCCGGGUUGGCUUGUUAGCAUUUUAGGUUAUAUUUUGUGUUUAGUGAAACAAAAGAUAAUACUAUAAAAAUGGCGGCGGCAAUGCCAAUAAACCCUAAACCAUUCCUCAACAGUUUAACAGGCAAGUCGGUGCUAGUUAAACUGAAAUGGGGCCACGAAUAUAAAGGAUUACUUGUAUCCGCUGAUGGAUACAUGAACCUACAACUAGCAAACACCGAAGAAAUCGUAGAUGGCUCGUGUACAGGAAACCUUGGAGAGGUUUUAAUACGUUGCAAUAAUGUGCUAUAUGUAAGAGGCGCUGAGGAGGAAGAUGAAGAAGGAGAAAUGAAAGAAUGAAAAACUCUUUACGAUUAUAAAAUAAGGCUUAGAUUAAGAUUUCCAAUACUUUAAGUUCUAAUAAAGAUACUUUGUAUCUACA